AUGCGCUGCAUCAGUAUGUACGUACAGCCUCUGAGAAAUCUGAAGAAGAUGGACUUGAGUUAUUCCAAGAACCUCAUGGAGCUUCCUGACAUUUCUAGUGCCACUCAACUCGUAGAAUUGAAUCUUAUGGGAUGCUCAAGUCUAAUGGAGCUUCCCUCUUCCAUUGGAAAUGCAAUUAAUCUCUUGGAUGUUAAUCUAAGUGGUUGCUCAAGUCUACUGGAGCUUCCGUCCUCCAUUGGAAAUGCUGUUAAUCUUGUGGAAUUUAAUCUAAGUGGUUGCUCAAGCCUAGUGGAGCUCCCUUCUUCUAUUGGAAAUGCCAUUAAUCUUAAGACAUUAAAUCUCGACGGAUGCUCAAAUCUGGUGAAGCUUCCCUCUUCUAUUGGGAAUAUCACUAACCUAAGUAUAUUAAAACUUGGUGGAUGCUCAAGGCUUGUAGACCUUCCAUUUUCUAUUGGAAACAUCACUUUUCUCAAGGAAUUGACACUGGUUGAUUGCUCGUGUCUUGUGGAGCUCCCUUCUUCUAUUGGUAAUGCAUUUCUUCUCAGAAAAUUGGAUCUUAGUGGAUGCUUCAAGCUGGUGAAACUUCCCUCCUCUAUUGGUAAUGCCUUUAUCAUCAACAAAUUGGAUCUUAGUGGAUGUUUGAGCUUGGUUGAGCUUCCUUCUUCAAUUGGGAGUAUUGUAAAUCUCCAUACACUGAGUCUUAUAGGAUGUUCAAGUCUAAUGGAGCUCCCCUCUUCUAUUGGAAAUGUUACUAAUAUCACAGAGAUGGAUUUUAGUGGUUGCUCAAGUCUGGUAGAGAUCCCUUUCGCUAUUGGAAACCUUCAUAAAUUGGAGAGGUUGAGUUUCAAAGGAUGCUCAAAGAUUAAGGUUCUUCCAUUUAAUAUCAACUUGAAAUCCCUAAAUCUGGUUGAUCUCUCUGAUUGCGUGUUACUUAAGUUAUUUCCUGAGAUCUCUACAAACAUUAAAUUUCUCAUGCUUAGUGGGACUGCAAUAGAAGAAAUACCUUCAUCUACGGUUUCAUGGUCUCGUCUAUAUCGACUAAUACUCAAGGGAUGCAAAAAGUUGGUAUCACUCCCACAACUUUCAGAUUCUUUAUCACAUUUAGAUGCAGAAAACUGUGAGUCACUGGAAAGACUUGAUUGCUUCUUUCUUAAUCAAAAUAUUACUCUCAACUUUGCCAACUGCUUCAAACUGAAUCAAGAAGCUAGAGACCUCAUCGUCCAGAUACAGACUCGUGGAGUUACGAUCUUACCCGGUGUUGAAGUGCCUGCGUACUUCACUUACCGAGCUACUCAAGAUUUCCUCACAUUGAAGUUGGAUCACAAGCCUCUUCAUACAGCCUUGAGAUUUAAGGGUUCCAUCUUGUUGAUUAAUGAGGCUGGUGUUGGUGCUUGUUUAUGGAUGAGGCUACACUGUCGCAUCAUGUUCAGACAGAAUGGCCUCACCGUUACGCAAAGCCCAACCAACCUUGUUGUAUCUCCAGUAUUAGCAGAGCAUUUGUACACAUUCGAAAUUAUAGAAGAGGUGACUUCUGACGAGCUUUUCUUUAGGUUUGAGAUCUACACUUUCACUGACACUGGCACCUGGAAGAUAGGAGAAUGCGGGGUGAUCCAACUCUUGGAGAUACCUUUGAUAGGUAAUGCUUGA